UUGGUUGUUUGAGCUAUCUCUGAGAUGUGUCUAAAGAGUAUAAAAGCCCAGAGCAGGACCAGCACCCUCACGCUGCACCAGAAGACCAGGCAAACAGACAAGUCACAACCGUCAGGCGUUGAAGGACCACCAGACUACUAUAACAGAAACAUGCAGAAAGCCAUUUCCUGGUUGGCGGUGAUACUGAUCCUCGCAGCCACAGCGGUCCAAUCAUCUGAACCCUCCGGCAACCUCACGCAACAGACACCACACCUGCGUGUCUCAGCACCCACGCACACACUCAACGGGAGCAUGGAGGAGCCACGAGUUCUGAGAAUGUCCAGGCCGUGCCAGGAUGAACACACAGGGUACUGUGAGCAUGGACAGUGCAUGUACCCGCAAGACAGUGACAAGCCGUCCUGCACGUGUCUGCCCCCCUACGUGGGAGACCGCUGUAUGUUUGUUUACAUCGUGAAUCCCUCCCAGUCUGACUCCAGAAUCGAGGGUCUGAUUGGAAUCAUUCUGGGCGUGGCUUUCCUCCUCUGCUUCCUGGGGAUCGCUGUCUACUGCUGCCUCAGGACACGGUGUAAAACAUCCUCUCCACCCUAUAAACCCUACGGCCCAGAGAAUUCAGUUUGAAGGUCGUCGGUUCUUCAUCAUCAUCAUCAUCAUGAAAAAACUUGCAUUUGCUCUUUAAUGUAUUGCUCUUCGUACUUUUCCAUGCUUGGGCUUGAAAAAUACGGGCUAUUUAUUGUCUAAAUUAAAUCAUUGUGUGGUAACAUGUAUUUAAUGUUUUUUUAAUAAACUUUUCUUCUAAAUA